UAGAAUCCCUACGUCAGCAGUGCCUAAAAGGAAAGGAAGCACAUGCGUUUACUGGCUGUUGGAAACUAAUAUUUGAUAUAACAGGUAUUUUUCAAAGUUCACAUGCCAUCUGACAAUCCAGAAUCUUUGACCUACAGUAAAGAUACACAUUUUUUGCAGUUCAGAUUUAUAAGCUGGCAAACUUCAACGAUGUCACAGGCUACUAAACGCAAGCAUGUUGUCAAGGAGCAGACACUCGACGACUACGUCACACCUACAGAGAACCAACAGAUUGUGCGGGUUCUUGGUAGUCGUGGCAACAACCUGCACGAGGCUGUCACGGCCCAGGGGGAGAACUUCCUGAUCAGCAUGCCCCCAAAAUUCCGCAAGAACCUCUGGAUUAAGAGAGGUGACUAUGUGAUUGUAGACCCUAUAGAGGAGGGAGAGAAGGUGAGGGGAGAGAUCAGCUUCAUACUCUACAGAGACCACAUUCAGCACCUGCAGAAACUCACACUCUGGCCUGAGGCCUUCACAGACGAGCCCCCAUCGGAAGAGAGAACAGAUGCACCACAGCCCAGGGAGGGGAGAAGGGAGGAGAAGGUAGAGGAUUGUGGGAGUGAUCACAGUACUGACUCAGAGGAUGACGAGAGCGAUCUCUUCGUCAACACCAACCGCUGUAACGUCCACUACAGUGAGAGUGAGGAAGACAGUGAGGAUGAGAAGGAUGAAGAGGAGGAUAAAGUGCAGAGCAGCUUUUAGAGGGGAAAUCUUUACAAGAGACAGUACACUGCUGUGGACAAUGUUUACACACAUGUCGCCCUCAGAAUACACUGCUGCUGAAGAAUGAGUUGUGGAUUAUACUCUCCAGUCCCACCCCCAUGAAUCCAAUCAAACAGAAAAUCCUGCUAUUUCACCAUUUAUUUGGUGGUUGAACUUAGCAUCCCAUGGACAUAAUAGGUUAGGUAUAUCAUACUUAUAUCACUUGUCCUAGAGAGGAACAUUAGCAUGCUUUGCUAAACUGCUAAAAAAUAGGUUAAUUGUGGAAUAAUUGAACUGGUCCAUGACAUUCCUGACUGAAGAGGUUGUCAUAAUUUAUGUACAUAAUGAUUGUGUAAUAAAAUCUUUAUUGUGGUCUUUCAUCAGAUUUUUGUUUUUGUUUAAUUAAACAUAUGUCUGAUUCAAAAUUAUAUAAUCAAAGAUUAAAGUUUUGUUUAAUGUUCAGAAAAACAUUAAAGUGCACAACAUUAAAGUG